AUCUGAAGGAAGAGAGUGAGAGCUCAAGACGCCUCCAUUUGGACUGACAGCUUGAGAUCGCCGUGCAGGCGUUAGCUGAUAAAGCUGUUGCGCCGCGUCGAGCGCUGGCAGCGACCCCGGCAGAACGUGGAGGCGUGUUAGGCGAGUGAGAGGCCUACAUAUGCGAUCUUCAUUAGCUGCGUCUUCCCUGCGUGUUCGUGGCUGCACCGGCAUGGUUAUCUGAGAUCGCACGGAACCAGCCCACCGGCCAUGAGUUGCGCAGAGGCGAUGGCCGAUGACCUCGGCCAGUUCGGAGACCCGGAUGAACUAGCCGACGCCGAGGACCUGGUCAUGCUGAAGUUAGAGAGGCCUCUACCGGCGGGCCGGACCGUUCCGAAACAGUUCACGCUAAGCGGUGACCGUUCGACACUCACGAUGGAUUACUUAGGUUUCGUCGGGAACCGCAGCUUUUUGGUCAAGCAGUGCUACCCGAGGGCGCUGUUUGCUGGGUGCCCCGGCUUGAAGUCUGCGAAGGGAUUCCUUACCACCGCGCAGGACGUCCUAUGCAAGACGCACACACUGGUCAUUGUGCACAACCGGGAUGCCGUGGUGGACCUCACGGCCUGGUUUCCAGAUGUCCUCGCGCUCAUCCUCUUUCACAACCUCAACUGUCAGCGCAUAGAGAAGGCGCACGUGCAAGGCAACAGGCCCAUCUCGCGUCUCCAGAGACUAUGCGGCACCACGCCCGGCAUAGGCGCCGAUGAGCUCUAUCUCGGCCCGUUCACGCUCACGAAUCUCUUUGCCUGCUGUCCCGAGUUCUCCCAGGUGCAGGCUCCCAUGGAGUACAUCGUUAAAAUGACCGAGCAGGUCAAAGCGGAGGAGUGGCACCAUCUGCCGUUGCUCGAGAGCUGCCGGGAGCUGACACUCGGUGGCAUCGCGCGACUUGCGGAUGGCAGAUACACCAUGCUGGGCGAAGCCGACGGGAAGACCAUGGACAUGGCCCUCGAGCAGUAUCCCGAUAUUAAGCAGCUCCAGGUGGCUGCCGUGAAACCCGACGUCAUUUCUCGCAUCUCCAACUUUCCGCUGCUCACUCGUCUGUGCCUGAUGUGCUACGACGACACCCAGGAGCUGUGCCGCUUCGACCGGCUAACCAAGGUCCUGGAAGAACUGUCGCUGACGCACCUGAAGCUUGUGUGCUUUACUGACGUGAGCCUCCGGACGAUCUCCGAAACCUGCAAGCACCUCCAGAGCCUGUCUCUCUCGGGAAGCGAAGUUUGCAACGAGGACGUUCCGUGCGAUGCGUUUCCGAAGCUCAGGUCGCUCGCACUGGCGGACGGCAUCGCGGAGAAGCCGUUCUUCAGCCUCCUACGCGCGGCGCGCGGCCUGACCGAUUUGAGACUCGAGAACUACUGGACAGUGAUGAUGUUCGUGGGAGGGCCGAUGAGCUCGCCCAGGCCGCGGCACGAACUUCUACGACGGCUCACACUGGGCACCGACUUCCCAGUGACGAAGCUGCAGGUGUCGAUCGCAGACUUACGCGAUGUGAUGCAAUCGGCGCCGUCCUUGGCGGCGUUGUGCACGGACAGCUACGACAUUCGGAUGUUCGUGGGCAGCUACCAUCCGCGGGUGAGACUGACCUGGACAACGUGCACCGCCUGUACCGCAGAGUUCCCCAAGAUGGACUCGCAGCAGGAGGAUAUGUGGCGAAACGUGUUCAUGGGAGGUCUGCUUUAAGCGUUUCUCCGCCACUGGAAGUGCGCCAGCUUUUCAAAUGAAAUAUCGGUGGGGACAAAAUAAGGGAUCUGCGAGCGCGUGUUAAACAGCAUUCUGCGCCCUCUGGCUAAGUAAGCGCCUGGUGGCCAAUACUCUUACUUUUUGAUAGCCUACUUUAGGAAUAGCAACGAUUGCAGAAGUGUCCACAGCUGUGUCCGCUCCGGCCGUUGUGACGUGCGACAAUGCAUUGCACUCUGCGGCGACCCUCCGUUACUUUUCGAAUAGCCAGGGGCUUUCGUUUGGCACGCGUUCGCAGAUCCCUUAUUAUUUUGUCCCCGCCUGUACAUAAUGAGUACAAGAAUUUGACUGCGGUCGCUUAGCAAUUCGAUGUGUUAAGAAAGGCUGUUUGUGAGCUCACACAGGUUCUUUCGUCAGGGCGACAGGCAAGACUCAGAGGAACCCUUCCUGCGCCAAGAUAUAUGUCCCCUUGACUUGGUCAGUGACCGCAAUGAUUUCUCCUUUACGACACCCGACACAACAAAAUUUCGCUGAAAUCUUCACUAUGUGCAUAUUCUUGUAAAACCGAGAUGAAAUACUCUGGAAUGGCGACCCGCACAAGUUUCAAAAAGUAUAGUUUUCAGCAGAAUACGAAGGCUGAUAACAGGCAGAGGGGACGAAACAAGAGCUGUGCGUCGUUCGCUACAUGCCUUUUCGUCUCCUGUUUUCUGGGUGUACAGAUAAUUAUUCGAAUAAAUGUGCGACACGGGCUUGCUGGUAGACGGUCAUCUGAACACAUAGGAAAUUUAAUCCUGUCCUUAAACAACUUUACGGAAUAUCGGUACAUCGGAGAGGGCAGGCACAGCCGCACCCGAGGCACUAUUUUGUGACGCUUUUGUCAAGCGUUAUAUACUUGAGAAACACUUUUGUGUUGCGCAAUUGCUUCGCGUCGCGCUUUUUCACCAGCAGGUAGGUCAAAUAUGGUCUGGGUAAUUACAGUUGUGUGUGCUCUAGGAAACGGCUGCAUCAAGAGAUGGCGCCACUAGCGCUGCUGCUCACAUUUUUGUCUCCUAUGUAUGUGUAUUCCGUAAGCUGGGGUACGCUUGCGAACAGGCUGGAAAUGUAUAGCAAAGCAUAUCCACGGUGAUGGUAAAACCUUCUCUGACAAGAUGGUCGUCUAAUCCUUGGUGAGUAAGCUUUAUGACGUCUACUGGGAUGACGUCACUUGGCGAAGUAGCAUGUUGAGGCCUCAGUCUGGAAGGGGAAAGCCAGGCCGGUGGUCUUUGCUGCGUUGACUUCAUGCUGAUGCAGAGUGCGCGGCGCUUCCUGUUGUGAUGGUAAUCAUGCACUGCAUAGUGCGUAAACGUAGACUGCAUAGUGCGUGGAAAUAGGGCUAACAUUGUUCGUGUUUUGAUAGCACAUCCAAGUGUAUAUCGAAAGGUCACGAGUCUUUUACUUUAAUUAGAACAAUUGUGAGAAUGCCGGGAACUGAAGUUGCAAAUAGGAACAGAACGACAGUACUAUUGGUGGUGUCAAGCAAGGAAACACAAUGCGGCGAUUACUUGUUGAGCCACACAUUUUUUUUUUAAUCCUACGGUUUGUUAACAAUAAGUGGAAAAUGCCCUCAUUUUAAAUAGCGGAGCUGUUUAGUCUUGGCAAAAUGCCGGUGUGCAACGCUAAAACUGGUUGAGUAAGGAGAAGCGCGCGGUCCUCUCUCGCGAGCAUAAUGCGUGCCGCGCGCUAUGCUCGCGCCAUGCUAUUUCUCCUUGACCCUCACGAAGCAAGUACCGUGCUAACCUCAAUGCAAGUAUCCCCCCCCCCCCCCCCCAAGUACCGCAACAAAUGCCAUGCUCACGUUGAAAAUUUUGAUCGCCCUGCCUUACCCUGGUGCAGAAAAGGCUUCCAACCGUCUUUUACCUUCCGCUUUCUACAAUUUUGAAUAAACCAUUUGGUCGACCUGCGAGCUUAGCUUCCAACACUGAUUGCCUAAUGCCAUUCCUGUUGUCAAAGCGUGCCACACUGCUAUACUUUCGGUCGGCAAAAUAACGGAGCUCACUCAGACAGAUUCAUAAAUUAUAUUUUUUGCUUCAGUCGGGAUGCUUCCUUAAUUUCCGAGUGAGAAGGACGAGGAAUUGAUACAGAGUUUGUGCAAUGUCAGUGAGAAUCAUGGAUACAACAUAUGAAAUUAUGUGAAUGCGUACAAAAGCUUUUAGUCUGCAGGGGAAGGGGACAUAAGGAAUGUUUUGAUGUGGUGCAUGGCUACGAUUUCAGUCAUGUCUCACUGCGAAGCCACUCAAGUGUGUAAUUGACUUGCCAUCUAUAAAGUUUGAGGGACUUUAGUUAACUAAACUAACUGUGCACCUUGUGUCUUUCGCGUGAUAAAUGCCUGGAAGAUAAUAUUUUAUCAGUUGGCAAGAUGGCAGUACUACAUUUUGGUUGGAGCUGAGACGCGCCCUUUUUUAGUCAACACUGACGGUUACAUAGGUCGAAAUGAUACUGAUCUUGCGUAUCAGUAGGAACGCAAAUAAAAUAAAGCCUCAGAAGCGAAAUGUAUACUUUUCUUUUCGCUCAUUCGACCGUUCUUAGUUCAAUGACAAGUUAAAAAAAUGGCAGUGUCUACGGGUGCCUUUUUUGUUUAGUCAUCGCCUGUUUUCGGUGUAAACAUAAAGAAAGGAAGUGGUAAAUGAUGGUCAAUAGCGAAUUUCUCGAGCGAAUAGAAAAUAAUAUGUAAAGUGAGUAAAGCGUCUCGGCUUCUUUUUUCAUAUACUGCAUGCAGCAUAAACCCCCGUGGUAUUCUUUUUUGUUUUCUUUAAUUACGCUUAGUUGCGCCGUGCGUAAGCUUCAAGAGGAAGGUAUGAUAACAUAGGAUAUAGAGUAAGGCCACUUGGUAUAUCGUCAUUGAGAAACGUGUGUCAAUGUACAGCCACAGCGCUCAGAGAUUGAAACGCGAUACUCGGUAGGCACGGCGGCUGGCUAAUUCAGCGCCUCCGAUGAACGUUGGGGGAUUGCUGAAGGGGCAGAUUGUAUACAAAAUCCAUCACAAACGCACUGACUUUCAUUUUAUACCAAAACGCAUCAGAUGGUGUCGGUAUCCCCAGCGCCCACCGCGAGAGCAAAAAAGCUCAGGCAGCCACGCACUCCGAGUAUUGCGUUUAAAUCGCUGAGCACUGUACGUCUUACAAAACAUGAAAAUUUAUUUAAAAACACGCCAUUCUACACGCCAAACAUGCCAGUAACAUAUUGUUUUCAAUAUUACAGCUUGUUUUUUUUUUCGGUACUAUGACCUGACCACGCGAGAAAUUGCCGAGGCUUAUCACAUGAUGAAUGCGGCUCUAUGUGCAAGCCAAUCAUGUUAGUCACUUAAUGACAAAAAGUUCAACUGCAUUGUUCACUGUUAGACUCGUGCUCUUCUUGUUUUACUUUUAGGUCAAGUUAUAUGCGCGAUGUGUCUGUAUAUGAUUUUUCUUAUGUGCAAUAACAAUUAAAUUAUGAGUGAGCUUU